AUGACCGACAGGGUCGAGUAUGACUGGCUAUCAAUCAUCAAACUUAACAUUUUUGCCUUUAGAGCAGCCGGUCUAUGGCCCAGUGCCGACGGCUACAAACCCAACUUUUACUUUCUGCGCAGCAUCACCAUCAUAUUCAUUUUCGGCUUCAUCCAAACCGCCUCUCAAACCUUCAAGCUUUUGACCAAUUUAACCGACAUGCAAGUAGUGGCAGGAACGGCCUUCAUGGUUAUUUCCUGCUGGCUGAUGUUGAUGAAGAUGUUCUCCAUAGCUAGCAACAUCCAAACUCUGAGAAAACUGUUGACAACUCUGGAUGACGAAAUGUUUCAAGUCCUCAGCAACGAACAAAUUGAAAAUAUAGCCCCUAGUGUUAAGACGUGGAAAUUGGCGUACAACCUCAUCAGUGGGAGUAUCGCUUGUUCUGUAAUUUUCUGGACCGUGGAUUCGUUCAGGAGACGCAGAUUGCCGUUCAUUUCUUGGUAUCCUUACAACACUACGGGUUCUCCUUUGUAUGAAAUUACUUGUGUUCACCAGCUUUCAAGUCUUUCUUUUGCAGCGUAUAUUAAUAUUAAUAUGGAUACGUUUAUAGCUGUUUUUAGUUUAUAUGCGGCUGCUCAGUUUGAUAUUUUGUGUGAUAAUUUGAAAAAUUUGCAGCCCGAGGUGUUCAGGGAGGGUUUGGUGGUUUGUGUGAAGCAUCACCGAGCAAUUGUGAAUUUCGUUAAAUCAUACAAUACAACUUUUGACUCGAUUAUUCUGGUGCAAUUUUUCACAAGUGCGGCUUCUUUAGGGAUAACCAUGUUUCUUGUGGUUGGAGUGCCGCCUCUCAGCAGCGACUUUUUUUCGUUCCUCUUCUACGCGAAUGGAGUGAUCAUAGAAAUUUUUAUUUAUUGUUGGUUUGGCAACGAGCUCCAAAUCAAGAGUGGCAACGUGUUUGUUGUGGCCUUCGAAAGUCAUUGGACAGAAGCAUCAUCUGAAGCUAAACGCGACCUAAUUUUCUUCAUGUUAAGGACGCAGAAAUUCCUGAAAAUUUCAGCAUUAAACUUGUUUGACCUGACUCUGGAGAAUUUUCUAAGGAUUUUAAAAACGGCUUAUUCCUACUUUGCUUUGGUGAGUCGCUAUGACAAGUGGGGCACUUGGAUUCAAGCAGCAUUGUUUUAUGCAGAACACUUUGAUAUAGAUAUAGAUAUAGAUAUAGAUAUAGAUAUAGAUAUAGAUAUAGAUUCAACACUAGAAAAACAACAGUCCCUGGACUGA